AUGGAUCAACCGCAAAAGAAGUACGUGAUACAUCGUAGAACAGUCGAUUUGAGUUCACCAUACGCACGAUUACAAUUCAACAAGAAGCAUGGAUUAUCAACGAUACCUACGAUUGAGCCUGAAACAUCAUACGCCACGAAUAUAAUGCCACCAUCAGCAUACAAUAAUGACUAUAAUAUGCAACGGAUUUUGAAUGUACCGAGUAAAUUUACUCAUCUAAGUUCAAAUAAGGUUAAACAUGUAAUUCCUGCGAUUAAAUGGACACCUGAAGGUAGGAGGUUAGUGGUAGCGACUUAUAAUGGUGAAUUUUCACUUUGGAAUGGGACAUCAUUCAAUUUUGAAAGUUUGAUGCAAGCUCAUGAUUCAUCUGUUACCACUAUGGAAUAUAGUCAUGAUGGUGAUUGGAUGAUUAGUGGAGAUUCUGAUGGUAUCAUUAAAAUUUGGCAAGCAAAUUUCAAUAUGGUUAAAGAAUUAGAUGAUGCACAUACGGAAUGUAUUAGAGAUGUGGCAUUUAGUGGGAAUGAUUCGAAGUUUGUUAGUUGUUCUGAUGAUAAUAUUUUGAAAAUUUGGAAUUUUAGUAAUGGUAAAUUGGAAAGAGUUUUAUCCGGUCAUCAUUGGGAUGUUAAAAGUUGUGAUUGGCAUCCAGAAAUGGGGUUAAUUAUUUCUGCUUCUAAAGAUAAUUUGAUUAAAUUAUGGGAUCCCAGAUCAGGCAAUUGUGUAUCGACAAUACUAAAAUUUAAACACACCGUAUUAAAGGUAAAAUUUCAACCGACAGGUGGAAAUAUGAUAGCUGCAAUUUCAAAGGAUAAAUCGUGUAGAGUAUUUGAUAUAAGACAUAGUAUGAAGGAGUUAUUAUGUGUUAGAGAUGAAGUAGACUAUAUGACAUUAUUAUGGAAUCCAAUAAAUGAAUCCAUGUUUACAGUGGGGAAUUAUGAUGGAUCAAUCAAACAUUUUGAUCUUCUACAAGAUUUGACCAAACCAACCCAUGUGAUACCGUACGCACAUGAUAAAUGUGUAACUUCCUUAUCAUAUAAUCCUAUGGGAAAUAUUUUAGCCAGUGCGUCCAAGGAUAGAACUGUGAGAUUUUGGACAAGAGCUAGCCCUAUUGAUCCUAAUGCAUAUGAUGAUCCUACGUAUAAUAAUGAUAAGAUAAAUGGAUGGUUCUUUGGUAUCAAUAAUAAUAUUAAUGCUGUAAGGAAUAAAACAGAACAUGGUGUAGCCCCACCGGUACCGACGAACGAUGAUAAUAAUACUAUAUCAAAGAUAAACGGUAAUUUCAUGACAGGUGCAAAUAAUACGUUACUCAUGCAAAACGGUAAUAAUAGAAUGCAGAUGAGUAAUCAUAUUAAUACUAAUGGCGCGAUGGUACCACCAGGGAUGCCACCUUAUACAAUGAAUAUGAAUAUGCAUACCCAUAUAAAUACUGGUAUGGAUAUGAGUAAUACGCCUUUGAAUACACCUGAUAUAGAUUCCAAAUUACCGGGACUGACACCAAAGACUAAUAACUCGAGUGGAUUACCAGGCCUUGGGUAA